UUCACAAACAAACACAAUUUUUAAAAAAAAUACGGGAAACAGUGAGAAGAGGGGAUUAGUUAACUAAGUAGUGAGUAAUUAGACCCCAAAGUGUACUCACUCCACAGUGCUCUAAGCCAGCAGGCCUGGACCAUGGUGUUUUUAAUUAUGAGGCUAGGGCUCUCAUAAAUAAAAGCAAGGUCAAAAUAGGAAGUUGGCAGUAUUCCAAGUCUGUGUAUAUGAAAAUAGAGUAUCAGGCAGGUGACAUCUCAGAGUUUUAGCCACUUAGGUCUACUUGGAGAAGCUACUUUUUAUAUUUUUAGUAAUUUUCCUAAGGUGGGUCCUGAAUCUCUUCUCCCCAUCGCUGAGAAUCCUUGCAGUGCCUCUCUUUGGAGGCUGGGAUGAGUGAGUACUAUAUGUGCUUCCUAUGUUCACAGAGAGUAAGAACACACUGUGCAGUGUGUGUUCGCAAUCACUUACUAGAAAGGUAACACAGGAGAAUCCCCACCACCCACAGUCCUGGAGCUGUCGGGGUAGUGGAAGAAGACCCUGCUGAAUUGGGCAAUAUAGUGUCGCAGAUGUGGUUAUGAUUAGAGAAGCAGUAAGAAUAGAGGAAGAAAUGAAAGGGGAAGAAUGUUCUCAUAGGAAGAUCUCAGGAAAUGAACAAGAAGUUCCCACAGAGUUCAUCUAGUCCAAGCUCAAGACACUAAACUCUGAGAAGUUAUAUACCUUUUUUAAGUAUAGUUGAUAUACAAUGUUGUGUAAUUUCUGUGCAGCAAAGUGACUCAGUUAUACAUAUAUAUAUACACACACAUAUAUAUAUAUAUUCUUUUUCAUAUUCUUUUCCAUUAUGGUUUGUCACAGAAUAUUGAAUAUGGUUGCCUGUGCUAUACAGUAUGACCUUUUUGUUUAUCCAUCCUAUAUAUAAUAGUUUGCCUCUGCUAAUCCUAAACUCCCAUUCCUUCCCUCCCUUCCCCCCCUCCCCCUUGGCAACCACAAGUCUGUUCUCUAUAUCUGUGAGUCUGGUUUUGUUUUGUAGAUACGUUGAUUUGUAUUGUAUUUUUAGAUUCCACAUAUAAGUGAUAUCACUUGGUAUUGGUCUUUCUCUUUCUGACUUACUUUGCUUAGUAUGAUAAUCUCUAGUUGUAUCCAUAUUGCUGCAAAUGACAUUAUUUCAAGAAGUUGUAUAUCUUGAUCAAGUUCAUAGCGAUGAAUUCUCCUUAUUUCUAAUCAGAGCUUUUUCUUCUGCACUGAAGGAAGAGGCUAGUGGGAGUAAGGUGGUAAAAGUAUAAUGAGGUUGGUUUCGAUCUACUGUUCAUGAAAAAACAGGUAAAGGCCCUAUUAAGCGGGCUUAGUUUACCUGGAUUUCAACUGUCAGGGUAAGGAAGCCACAUGUUAUUAUUUGUCAGUAUUGGUGAUAUGUUUCUUCUAAUAUAAAAAAAAAUUACCAAGGAAUUAAUCUUAUUUAUUUAUUUUAUUUUCGGCUGCAUUUUGAGUCUCCGUUGCUGCACGUGGGCUUUCUCUAGUUGUGGUGAGCUGGGGCUACUCUUCAUUGCAGUGCGUGGGCUUCUCAUUGCAGUGGCUUCUCUUGUUGUGGAGCAUGGGCUCUAGGCACACGGGCUUCAGUAGUUGUGGCUGGCGGGCUCUAGAGCGCAGGCUCAGUAGUUGUGGCGCAUGGGCUUAGUUGCUCUGCGGCAUGUGGGAUCUUCCCGGACCAGGGCUCAAACCCGUGUCCCCUGCAUUAGCAGGCGGAUUCUCAACCAGUGCGCCACCAGGGAAGCCCCAAUUUUCUUUAUUAAUGUGGUACCAUUGAGGGCCAUGGGAAGAGAUGAGAUUUGGAUUUCUAAAUAAGUAUUCAUAUUUAUCCUGACUAUGAUGUGUUGGGGAGAGAUAGCCAACACUGACCUCCCAGAGUUAUCUCAUGUUUCUUCCUCAUUCGCUCACAUGACAGGAUAUUUAUAACAUAACCCAACUUAGUGCCCUGGUUUCUUCUUGGCAUUUUGACGAGCUCUUCUCUAUAUAAUGGCAACCGUUCUAGGCCCAUUCGGACUCUAGAGGAACCCAAUAUGAAAUUAUUAUCAUUCCAAGUUACCUAAAGAUAGCUAGGCACUUCCGGCAUCAGGCGUUGAAGUCAUGGCUGCCUUCCUCCGAGCUGUGCCGCGGUCGCCAGGGCCAGCUGCAUGGGGAAGGGCUCUCCACGGGCUGUGGUGCUGCAGUGGGCAGGAUCCUAGGAGGUGGGUGGGAAGCAGGCCACCAGCCUCCAAGGAGAAACCACCCGGCACAGAGACAGAGACAUUUCAGAUGGUGUACCGGUUUGAUGCCAUCAGGGUUUUCGGGUACUUGUCUCAGCUGAAGGUGGCACAGACGGCCCUGACGGUGGUGGCCUUGCCGCCUGGCCUCUACUGGUACUCCCAGGGCCUCAUGACCUUCAACUCCCUGUGCCUGGCGGGCGGGAUCGCUGGCUUUGCCCUGGCCAUGUUGUGCUGGAUGAGCCAUUUCUUCCGGAGGCUGGUGGGCAUCCUGUACGUGAACGAGUCGGGCACCAUGCUGCGGGUGGCCCACCUGACCUUCUGGGGCCGGCGACAGGAGACAUACUGCCCUGUGGCCGACGUGAUCCCCAUGAAGCCCUGGAUCGUUUUCCCCCUGGAAAGCCAGGAUCGGCCUCAGGAGCUGUUUGUGCGGAUCCAGCAGUACAAUGGGAAACAGACCUUCUACCUCACCCUGCGCUACGGACGCAUCCUGGACCGAGAGCGUUUCACACAGGUGUUUGGGAUGCUGGACAAGCUCAAGUGAACGGGCAGGAGCCAGGCCUCCUGCAGGAAGCCUGAGGGUGUGGGCGGGGCUGAAGGAGGGGGUCGGGCAGCUGGAGACUUUGCUGGGGCCCCUGGGAACUUGUCUUUUGGGAUGAGGAAAUUCAUGAGGUAGAAGUGAGUAACUGGGUUUAGAAAGAGGCCCUGAGUGCAGAUUCUUAACUGCACUUGUGUGUGACAUUCAGAUAAUGGCCAGAAGUUUCUGUUAAGAGCCAGUUCUUGGAGGAAGAGAUGCUAAGCUCUCUUGAACAGUUUACACUGCUGUGAAAUCAAAGACAGAGAGGUGGGGGGCGGGAGCCAGAAGACUUGGGUCUGUCCGUUUCCAAAUCCCUGUCCUGGGGCAGGUUUUCAAGUCUCUCAGAACCUUGGUUUUCACAUCUUUUUUUUUUUUUUUUUUUUUUUAACAUGUUUGUUGGCGUGUAGUUGCUUUACAGUGGUGUGUUGGUUUCUGCUUUAUAACAAAGUGAAUCAGCUAUUAAAAAAAAAAAGAUAGCUAGGCUCUAUGAGAUUGAGGAAAUAGUACGAUAAGAGGAAAACUAGUCUCACCUCUGAUUGUUCCUUCAUAACGCUCUCCAUCGCAUUGCAGGCAUGGCUUGGGGAGAAGGCUAUCUGUUUUGAUCAAGGUAAGAGCCUGGGAAAGGGUACGGCAGUAAUGGAGACAGAAAAGAAAGCCCAAAUUUACUGAGUAUUGACUGUAUGCAGGCACUAUAUAUGCUAGCUUACUGGAUCUUUACAAUAAUCCUAACAUGGAGUGUUUUUAUGUUAUAGAUGAGGACGUUAGGAUCAGAGAAUCAUGCAUUUGAUUCUGAGAUUCAGGAUUUCAUAAUGCACAAAGUGGUCUUACCUUACCAGUGAUGUUCAUUGACAAAAACACCUACAUCCACUUUUGACGAUUAAGGAGUCCUGUUGAAGUAUUGUUUAACUAGGAUAUUUCAGUGUUCUUUACCCAUACUUUCUAAGGUUAUGAUGAAGAAAAGAGUCUGAAAGGGGCCUUCUCUGCCAUCCAGAAAGGCCCUCUGCAUGGUAGCAUCUCUCCAACCUUCUUUGCCCCUUACUUUGACUUUCUUUUCUUUCUUGAACUUAGCACCACUUGGCAUAUACAUACUUGUUUAUUAUCUAUUUCUUUUAUGAGAAGGUAAGCUUCAUGAGAUGUGAUGCAAGCUCCAUGAGAUCAGGAGCUUUAUUCUGUUCAGUCCCUAAAGGAAGGCCUGGCACAUAGUAGCCCUAAAUAUUUGAUGGAUGUGUUAAUGCCAGAAACUUCCUAAGAGUUGGUAGCUCAGAAUCAGCAUGGGUCUUGAGUAAACAACAAAACCAAAAAGGAGAUUAUUCACAUAAAGAGAAUGUAAAAGAAUGCAUGAGCUGUUGAAAAUAGACAAGAGGGGGAAAAAAAAAGAAAAAGAAAAAAAACUUCUCUUAAUUCCGUUUAUAAGAAACCCAUUCCUAUGUUUUACAUGUGAAAAUGGUUCAUGUGCCAUCUCCUUCACCCAAUAGUUAUCCUAAAGAGGGAUUUAAAAAUAAGUAUCAAAGAUACAGCUGUUUUCCCAUUUAAACAGCAGUCAAAAAAGAGCCCAAAGUGACAGUUUUCCUGUCUGGCCACUAUUCUGUUGUCUGUAUCUGAUUUAUGACAUUUUGGGAAAACACAGCUAAAAACAAGUUAGUGCUGAGGUGGGUGUGCUUCUGAUUCCUUCUCUUCUUCAGAGCAUGGCUGAGUUGAAAACAUAAAACAUAGAGGAAACCUGUGGCAUUGCUGGAUUCUCUGGAAGGGUGCUGUUCACAUUCAAGAUAAAGAAAGGAAUUUCUCCUAGAAACUGCAGUGGGGCCACACUGGCACAUGAGGGCUGUUAGUCUGGUUUUGGGUCUCAUAAACAUGCCCUACUUUGGAGGUGUGAGGAGUGAGGGCAAGAGUGAGCAGUAGGGCAGCCUGGGAACUCUUCACUGGAGUCCCCUUAGCCACUGUGGCUUGGCGGUAUCCACGGUGCUGGUGAUGGCUGAGCUCCAUCUCUCCAAGGGCAGGGCUCAGCCGUGCCAUGGUGGUUGGCAGCACCAAGAAGGGCAGGCCACACCGGGCUUCAGGGGAGACUGGCCCAAGAUGUUUACAGCCAUGUCUCCCUCCCCAUUCUCCUCAGGUUGUUGGGUCACUGAAUCUGUUUCCUGCCUCCCAGCUUAAAGUCCUUGAGGAGAAUUCCAAUAACAUCUAGAGGAAGUGCUGGAAUCUAAGAAUUCUCUCUCCCAGUCCUCUUUGGGGGUAAAUCUGAGGUUUGGGUAAAAUUCUCAACACGUAAAGAUGAGUAAAUAGAAAUUCUCCUCACACAGUUUGGGACCCUAUACAAAGUUUACAUAAUUAAGACAACAGAGCCUAACAUUCAAGAAACAUUCAUACAGUUACCAAAUAUUUAUUGAUUAUCUCUCAUGUACCUGACAUUCUUCUAGAUGCUUAGAAUAGAGCAGUGAACAAAAGAAACAAAAACCCCUGCCUUCAUGGAACAUAUAUUCUAUCAGAGAGAAAAUUUUUUUUCUGAAGGAAAGAAGGAAAUUUUAAAUAACAUCUGCUCUGCUCUGUUCUUUCAAAAAACAAAAAGGAUUCCAUAGCUAUCCCACUUGGAGUAUAUACCCUCAGGAGACAUUCUACAUAUGCACAAGGAGAUUGGCACAGUGAUGUUCACGAAAAGUUGUUCAUGGUAGAGAAAAUUGCAAACAACCUCAAUGUCACUAGAGAAAAGGAUAAAUGUGGUUUGUUUAUUUUAUAGCACUCUAUCACAGUGGUUUAGUGUAUAGAUCUGAGGCCAGAAGCCUGGGUUUUAAUCCAGCUGUACCAGUCACUGGUCUUUUUUUUUUUCCCCGCCAGCUUUAUUGAGGUGUAAUUAACACAUUGUGUAAGUUUAAGGUGUACAAUAUGUUGAUUUGAUACAUUUCUAUAUUGAAAAAUGGUUACCACCGGACUUACCUGGUGGCCAGUGGUUAAGAAUC